GGGCGGCACCAGCGCUCCACAGUCGGGUUCCCUUUAGAAGGCGCUUCUCCCUAGCCGGACCUCCCGGCAGACACCCCGGACGCGCAGCGGGCUGGCCGCAGCGCCCGGCACACCUGAGACUCCAGCGCGGGAGCUUGGGGUCGGCACCCCGGGGCCGAGGCAGGUGCAGCCGUCCCACCCUCGGUCUCCUCCUCCUGCCGCACAGGGGCAGCACCAUGCCUUCCGGCGUGGAGGCUCUGGACCUGCCGGCGUGGAACGGAGCCUCAGGCCUGUCCUGGGGGCCCCGCCACAGAAAUGCAAUGGCUCAUCUUGAUUCUGAGGUGAAAGAGGAAUGUCUGCGGGAAGACCUGAAGUUUUAUUUCAUGAACCCUUGUGAAAAAUACCGAGCCCGACACCAGAUCCCAUGGAAGCUGGGACUGCAGAUUUUGAAGAUAGCCAUGGUCACCACGCAGCUGGUUCGUUUUGGUCUAAGUAACCAGCUCGUGGUUGCUUUCAAAGAAGAGAACACUGUUGCUUUUAAGCACUUGUUUCUGAAAGGAUAUUCUGGCACAGAUGAAGAUGACUAUAGUUGCAGUGUGUAUACCCAAGAGGAUGCCUACGAAAGCAUCUUUUUUGCUCUCAAUCAGUAUCAUCAGCUAAAGAACAUAUCCCUGGGGACCCUUGGUUAUGGAGAAAACGAAGACAAUAGAAUUGGCUUAAAAGUCUGUAAGCAGCAUUACAAGAAAGGGACCAUGUUUCCUUCUAAUGAGACACUGAAUAUUGACAGCGACAUUGAAAUAGAUUGUGUUCACUUAGACCUCUCCACAUACCCUCAGGAGUGGAAGAACUCGUCAUUCUUCAGACUGGAAUUUUAUCGGCUCUUACAAGUUGAAAUUUCCUUUCACCUCAAAGGCAUUGACCUACAGACGAUUCAUUCCCGAGAGUUACCGGACUGUUAUGUCUUUCAUAAUACGAUUACCUUUGACAAUAAAGCUCACAGUGGCAAGAUCAAAAUCUAUUUUGGCAGUGAUGCUAAAAUUGAAGAAUGUAAAGACUUGAACAUAUCCGGAUCUAUUCAGAAAAACACCCAGUACGUGCUGGCGUUUGAUGCAUUUGUCAUUGUGAUAUGCUUGGCAUCUCUUAUUCUGUGCACAAGAUCCAUUGUUCUAGCUCUAAGGUUACGAAAGAGAUUUCUCAAUUUCUUCCUGGAGAAGUACAAGCGACACGUGUGUAACGCCGACCAGUGGGAGUUCAUCAAUGGAUGGUAUAUCCUGGUGAUUAUCAGCGACCUAAUGACAAUAAUUGGAUCCAUAUUAAAAAUGGAAAUUAAAGCAAAGAAUCUCACCAAUUACGACCUGUGCAGCAUUUUGCUCGGAACGUCUACGCUCUUUGUCUGGGUUGGCGUCAUCAGAUACCUGGGUUACUUCCAAGCAUAUAACGUGCUCAUUUUAACGAUGCAAGCCUCACUGCCCAAAGUUCUUCGCUUCUGUGCUUGUGCUGGUAUGAUCUACUUGGGCUACACGUUCUGUGGCUGGAUUGUUUUAGGACCUUAUCACGACAAGUUUGAAGAUCUGAACACAGUUGCUGAGUGUCUGUUUUCUCUGGUCAAUGGUGAUGACAUGUUUGCGACCUUUGCUCAAAUACAGCAGAAGAGCAUCUUGGUGUGGCUGUUCAGUCGCCUGUAUUUAUAUUCCUUCAUCAGUCUUUUUAUAUAUAUGAUCCUCAGCCUGUUCAUUGCACUUAUUACAGAUUCUUAUGAUACCAUCAAGAAAUACCAACAGAAUGGAUUUCCUGAAACGGACCUUCAGGAAUUCCUGAAGGAGUGUGGUAGCAAAGAGAAGUAUCAGAAAGAGGCCUCACCCUUCUUGUCCUGCAUCUGCUGCCUGAGGAGGAAAGGAAGUGAUGACCACUUGGUACUUAUGAACUAAAAUCUUCCUGCUAAAGAUAAUCAAGUUUCAGGCCUCUUUACCCUGUGACAAUGCAGAGGGCCCCAAACAGCUCGGACCAGCACUUCCAAAAAUACUGACUUAUUUAAUUGUGGAGCAGGAAAGAGGACUGUUAGCUGGUUGAACACAACUGAAAUUCCAAAGUUCCUCUUAUAAACUUGGAUGAUGAAGCAUAGACCACGGUCAACUACUGGGCAUUAGUGCAAUGGAGCAGUGAUAAUGAAAUUCUGCGUUGAACUUUUAACUUAUGACGUCACAAUGUUGGGAUGGAAAAAAAAAAUCACAUUUCAAAGUGUGCCAAAACUAUGGCACCUAAAGCCAUGCAUUGAAAGAGGUGUGUUAAUCAUUCAGUAAGGGUUUGUUUUAAAAGUGAUUUGGGAUUAGAAGACAUUUGUUAAUUCAUGGUGUGUACAGAAAUGAAGUUGGUUCCAACACUCAGUUAGAAAUUGCAAGGUGGAGAACUAUUAAGCCAAUUAAAGAACACACUUAAAUCAACAAAAAGACCGUCUUGGCCUGUCUUCCUAUGUUUGUUUGUUUUCCAGCAUGACAGGAAGCAACUGUUGGCAGGGUGGGAUGAACCAUGGGGUUCAGUGGGUUGGUUCAGUGGGAUGAACUGGAAACAGUCAUUUGUACAUCUUGUCGCUUGUGCUGCUUGUUGAUUAUACAUACAUGACAUGGAAGUGAAGGGUAGCAAUGGUCACUCAUUUUAACAACUGAACUCCACUAUGGUGGCAAUUUGCCCUUGUCAAGCAAGGAAAGAUGGUAUUUUUUUUUUCCCAAAUAAAUUUAUUUUUAUCACAACAA